CGGUAACAGAUGCACAUUUGGGUGGCGUGUAAUCUUGAAGAGUGCACCGAGCUUGACAAAGAAAAGUGAAAUUGAGAUUGAAAUUUGUUCUUCAUUUCAUCACUCUUGAGUGACACCCAACAUCCAAUUCCAAACCCAGAAUCAUCAAUUCAUCUUCACCCCCAAUUUCUUCUCUUUUCUUUCACUUAAUAAACCCUAAUUUCAUCUUCUUCACUAAUUCAAUUUUGGAGUUGAUUAAUUUUCCUGGAUUAUGAAGGAUCGACCGCAAUCAUCUGUGUACGUGCCGCCGCACCAGAGACUAAGGUCUCUCAUCACCGUUCCUCCUCUCAAUGGCUCUAAAUAUUAUCAUCAGGGUUUCACUCCAAUCCCUAGUUCUAGUCCUAAUGAUGGAAGAAAUAGUCCUGUUAAUUUCUCUGUUCAAAAGAAUCAUAAUCAAGAUACUGCAACUGGUGGGGAUUUUCAGUUUAAUUCAAAGCAAGAGACUAAUGUUUAUGGCACUGCAUGGGAUUCCAAUGGGAAUGGGGAUGAGAAUUUGACUUUUGAAAGCUUCCAUUACAAGUUUUACACCCCACCAACGAACUACGCCUUACAUGUUGAUCGUCAACAUAGUGAUUCUCAGCGUAGUUCUGCUGUCAAUACGGUAUCUGAAGUAGGAUCUCACCGAGAUUUUGUUGAGUUUGAGCCCUCUUCAUAUGCUUUUGGGUGUGCUUCAGUUGCUGAUAAUGUGGAGCACUGGAAACAAAAGUUGACCAUGCUUCUACGAGACAAAGAUAAGCAAGAAUUGCUAUCGAGGGAGAAAAAGGAUCGUCGUGACUUUGAUCAAAUAGCUACUGUUGCAAAUAAGAUGGGUUUGUAUAGUCAUUCAUAUGUCAAAGUAGUUGUGUUUAGUAAAAGUCCGCUGCCUAAUUACAGAUUUGAUCUUGAUGAGAAACGUCCCCUAAGAGAGGUUUCGAUAGAUUCAAAUUUGCAGAAAAGAGUGGAUGCCCAUCUUGCUGAGUACCUUUCUAAAAAAUCUAAAAGUGCAAAUGUUUUACAAGAUAAUGGGUUCUCAAGAUCAAGCAGUAGUGGUAGCAUUACUAAUGAUGAUGGUUUCUUUGAGCAACCAGAACCUUUGAAUCUUAGCAGUUCUGUUAUGGAAAGAAUUAUUAGGCGAAGGCACUUGCAGCUUCAUGAUCAGCAGCUUGCUUGGCAGAACUGCCCUGAAGGGAGGAAAAUGUUGGAGUUUCGCAGAAGCCUUCCUGCGUAUAAGGAGAGAGAUGCACUGUUGACAGCCAUUGAAUGUAAUCAGGUCAUCAUUGUCUCUGGGGAAACAGGGUGUGGUAAAACCACACAAAUACCACAAUUCAUUUUGGAGUCCGAAAUAGAAUCUAGCCGUGGAGCUUUGUGUAGUAUUAUAUGUACUCAGCCAAGACGAAUAUCAGCAUUGUCAGUGGCUGAAAGGGUUGCUGCAGAGCGAGGGGAGAAAUUGGGAGAAUCUGUUGGUUAUAAAGUUCGACUAGAAGGUAUAAAAGGAAGAGAUACGCGGCUUCUGUUUUGUACCACUGGCAUCUUGUUGAGGAGAUUGCUUGUUGACAGGACUUUGAAGGGAGUAACUCAUGUUAUCAUGGAUGAAAUUCAUGAACGUGGCAUGAAUGAAGAUUUUCUUCUUAUUGUUCUUAAAGAGCUACUUCCUCGUAGACCAGAGUUAAAGUUGAUUUUGAUGAGUGCAACUUUAGAUGCUGAGCUUUUCUCGUCUUAUUUUAGUGGUGCUCCCUUGGUCAACAUCCUGGGAUUCACCUACCCUGUUCAAACUCAUUUCCUAGAAGACAUACUGGAAAAGUCUGGAUAUAAAUUGACUCCUUACAAUCAGAUAGAUGAUUAUGGUUCAGAUAGAUUGUGGAAGAUGAACAAACAAGGCUUCAGGAAAAGAAAGAGCCAAAUUGCAACUGUUGUUGAGGAUGCACUUGCUGCUGCUGACUUCAGAGAGUAUAGCUCACAGACUAGGGAGUCUUUAUCUUGUUGGAAUCCAGAUUCAAUGGGCUUUAAUCUCAUCGAAAAUCUAUUAUGCAAUAUUUGUGAAAAUGAAGUGGCUGGUGCUGUUUUAGUUUUCAUGACUGGUUGGGAUGACAUUAGUUCACUUAAGGAUAAACUCCAAGCUCAUCCCAUCUUGGGAGAUCCAAGUAGAGUCUUGUUGCUUGCUUGUCAUAGUUCUAUGGCAAGUUCAGAACAGAGAUUGAUAUUUGAGAAACCAGACACUGGUGUGCGCAAAAUUUUGCUGGCGACUAAUAUUGCAGAGACCAGUAUCACUAUUGAUGAUGUGGUUUUUGUUGUUGACUGUGGUAAGGCAAAGGAGACAUCUUAUGACGCCUUAAAUAAUACUCCUUGCUUGCUUCCUUCUUGGAUUUCGAAGGUUUCUGCUCAACAGAGAAGAGGAAGGGCUGGUCGUGUUCAACCCGGAGAAUGUUACCAUCUAUAUCCAAGAUGUGUAUAUGAUGCCUUUACUGAGUAUCAGCUUCCUGAAAUCCUGAGGACACCUCUGCAGUCACUCUGUUUGCAGAUAAAGAGUUUAAAACUUGGCAGUAUAUCUGAAUUUCUGUCAAGAGCUCUACAGUCACCGGAACCAUUGGCGGUUCGAAAUGCUAUAGAAUAUUUGAAGGUCAUUGGGGCUUUGGAUGCAAAUGAAAAUCUCACCGUUUUAGGUCGGUAUCUCACAUUGCUACCAAUGGAGCCAAAACUUGGGAAGAUGCUUGUGUUAGGUGCUAUUUUCAAUUGUCUGGAUCCUGUGUUGACUGUUGUUGCUGGCCUUAGUGUAAGAGAUCCCUUUUUAACACCCAUGGAUAAAAAAGAUCUUGCAGAAGCUGCUAAAGCUCAAUUCUCCCAUGAUAAUAGUGACCAUUUGGCGCUUGUUCGUGCUUAUGAUGCGUGGAAGAGUGCCGAGAAAGAGUAUGGUGGCUAUGACUACUGCUGGAAAAAUUUUCUCUCAGUACAGUCCAUGAAAGCUAUUGACUCUCUUCGAAGAGAAUUCUAUGCUUUGUUAAAGGGUAGUGGACUAGUUGAUGAUAACCAAUCUUCCUUCAACGUAUGGAGACAUGACGACAAACUUGUCCGUGCAGUUAUAUGUUAUGGGUUAUAUCCUGGAAUCUGUUCCGUUGUGCAAAACGAGAAGUCAUUAUCAUUAAAGACAAUGGAGGAUGGGCAGGUGCACUUGUAUUCGAAUUCCGUCAAUGCUCGUGAGGAAAGAAUACCAUAUCCAUGGCUUGUUUUCAAUGAGAAAAUGAAAGUUAACUCAAUUUUCCUCCGUGAUUCGACUGCAGUGUCAGACACUGUGGUUUUAUUGUUUGGAGGAAACAUUGUCAAAGGGGAAUCGGAUGGGCAUCUAAAAAUGCUGGGAGGAUACUUGGAAUUUUUCAUGAAACCCGUGUUGGCAGAAACAUACUUGAACCUCAAGAGAGAAUUGGAGAAUUUCAUACAGUUGAAACUCCUAAAUCCUAGAAUGGAUGCAUGUGCUUAUCAAGACCUUCGGUCUGCUGUGAGGCUACUAGUUUCGGAGGAUAAAUGUGAUGGUCGGUUUGUGUUUUGCCGCCAGAAUCUUAAGCCAACUGUUACUAAAACUCUGGUCUCACCUACAGUUCCAGCAUUGUCCUCUAGAACGCGAAGUGGACCUGGUGGCGAUAACUCAAAGAGUCAGCUUCAAACGUUAGUUACUAGGGCGGGGUAUACUGCUCCUACUUAUGUAGUGAAGCAACUGUCGAAUAGUCAGUUUAGAGCUACCGUUGAAUUUAAUGGAAUGCAGAUCAUGGGACGACCUUGCAACAACAAGAAGAAUGCGGAGAAAGAUGCAGCUGCCGAAGCUCUAGAUUGGCUUAUGAAUGGGACCCAGAUGGGUAAUGAACAUGUUAAUCACAUGUCAAUAUUGCUGAAAAAGAGCAAGAAGUCUCACAACUGAUGCUGAUAUUUAUAUGCUGCAUUGGGAGGUACUUAUGCGCUCAAGCCCGAUCUUUGCCAACAUAGCAUGCCGAGACCUGAGAUUUUGCAGUUGUAUGGUCAGAUCAAUUUGUUAUUGGUGCUUACCGCGCAUGUUGAUGGAAAAAAAAACAUGGGAAGUUCCGGCAUAUUCAAUCGGAAAAAUUGGGGGCUCCAUGUUUAUAUUGUCCAGCAAUUUUGAGAACAAGCUGUACAAAACAUGAUAGCUGAAGUUCGAUCUGUUACUUACAGGCACUUGAUGGCAAUGCCUGCUAUUUUUGACUGUAUAUUUUGGUUUGAAAGAAAUGGUGUGGAAGGCAAUGAUUUCGGGAUGUGGAUGAGGUGCCGGAAUGGCCUGAAAAAUAGAUGUGCUUCAUUUUCACAGCUGAAAAUGCCCCAUCUUUGGUAGAAUAUGUGUGAAAGUUAAGUGGAAAGCUAUGUCUGCAGUGUAUUCCCUUUGUCUCGUUGAAUUUUGCCCUAUUAUGUGAAUCCAAAAGCGAGCUUUUUGGGUAUAAUGUAGCGAUUUUAAAAGAUAGAGGAGUAAAGUGCAGCUAAUGAAGAUUCAGGUAAAGGUGCUGGUGAUGAUUCAUUUGUACAGAACAUGAUUAGUGCCUCAUUACCAAUUAAUAUCUAAUUAACCUGUCCAUCUCAUUCAUGCUCUUGCUAUUGCUCCCUUCUAAGUUUUAAUGUUAUAUGUAUUUUGAAAUUUCUAUAAUUAUCUUUUUUUUAUUUCUAUUAUUAUCUUGAGAUAUUAAUAUUUGUAUAUGAUAGACGAACAAAUUUUAGAAUUCAGAAAGUGAUUUUUUUAGUCUUUCCUUAUAAAGUCAAAUUUUUGUUUA